UGACUCAGAUAACAUUAAACACUCAGUAAAGUCUGCUUCUUUUUAUUCGACAUUCGCAAUGGAGUCUCUGUCAGGGAAUUAUACUUCUCUGCUGAAUGAAUACCAGCAGAAAACCCAAUGCACUGUUGAUUUUGAGGAGGGACCCACUGAUGGACCAAGCCACAAUAAAAGGUUCACUAUGAGAGCUAUUGUGAAUGGACAGAAAUUUCCUGAUGGUACUGGUAAAACCAAGAAGGAGGCAAAGCAAAAUGCUGCUAAAAACGCCCUGGAAGGCUUGAAGAGCACUCACAGUGAUGAGCCGACACCCUCAGCGGUUGAAAACAUUUCCAUUAAUAAAUUUACAUCUCAUCCGAAUUAUACGUGCUGGCUCAAUGAGCAUUCGCAGAAGAGCAGGUUAUUGUUCAAGGCCUGCGAGUCGACUAAGAUGGAUACCGGAAACCUCACUCGGUUUACUUAUGUGUGUAAGUAUGUUUGCGAUGAUAAAGAGUUUCCUGAAGGUUAUGGGAAAAAUAAGAAGGAAGCCAAAGAGGCAGCGGCUCUUCGUGUUUAUGAAGAGCUCAACAAAACACAAAAUACAGAGGUCUUGGAUGAGAACAGCAAUAGAGCUCAGAGGUCAGAAACUACAUCUUAUAGCCUGGACCGCCAUUCGAGUGUUGCAGAUGAUUCUCGAAGCACCACGCCAGACAACAACUACAUCGCAUAUCUCAAUAACUACUGCCAGAAGAAAAAACGUGUAUAUGACUUCAAGUUAGUGGAUAGAAGAGGUCCUCCUCACAACCCAAUAUUUGUUUAUAAAGUUGUGAUGGAUGGGAGGGAAUACCCUGAUGCACAAGGAAGAAGCGCUAAAGAAGCAAAACAAAAUGCAGCUCAACACGCUUGGAGUGAAAUUCGGGAUCAGUCUGGCUGGACCACACCGAGUUCUGAAGAUGGCACAUUCUCCCAAUCCCAAGAUACAUCUAAAUCUGAAGAUGUCCAGCGCUCAGCAAACGCCUCCAGCACAAGUGAUUUCAUCUCCUUCAGAGACUCUGCUGCUGCCAGUUCUCCAAUGGCCACCAGUCCUUCUGUGGGCCCACUGGAUGUUAAGCCAAAAAUAAAAUUAGCACCAAGGUUUCUGUCACCAAACGGCCGGGACAGGAGUAAAGAGGCUGGUCCUGACAUGAAGGUACCAAACCCAGCAAAGGCAUCAGGAGCUCAAUCUUCAAACAGUGCUACUAAAUCAAGAUUUUUAGAAGACUUUGACUCAAUAAAUCCGAUCGGCAAAGGUGGCUUUGGUCGAGUUUUCAAGGCAAGACGAAAGCUUGAGGACAAAUAUUAUGCUGUGAAGAUAGUGAAAAGUACAGAAAAAGCUCGUCGUGAGGUUGGUGCUUUGGCUGAUUUUAAUAACCCCAACAUCGUCCGCUACUUCUCAUCUUGGGAAGAGGACACAGCGUACAAACACGAGUCGUCAGAGAGCUUCUCAGACUCUGGCAGCGGCCCGGGAACAAAGUUUCUCUACAUUCAUAUGGAGUUUUGUGAAGGAAACACACUCCGAGCCUGGAUUAAAGAAAGAAACUCCUCAAACAAACACUCCCCGGAGCGGAGAACAGAAGCGGCUCAGAUCUACCGGCAGGUGCUGAAGGCUGUGGAGUAUAUUCACUCUAAGUUAUUGAUCCACAGAGACCUGAAGCCUCCAAACAUAAUGUUCAGCAGUGAGGGAAGAGUAAAGGUUGGAGACUUUGGCCUUGUGACUGCGGCAGAAAAUGAAAAUGAGGAGCAGCUGCUGGAACGGACUAAAAGGACGGGAACACGUACUUACAUGAGCCCAGAACAGAUGAAUCAAACAACAUAUGACAGAAAGGUGGACAUCUAUGCUCUGGGUCUCAUCUAUUUCGAACUCAUCUGGAAUCUUGGCACAGUGCACGAAAAGGAAAAGAUAUGGGAUAAAUUAAGAAUAAGGAUUUUUCCACAACAGUUCACGAAGAUGUUUAUCUUUGAGCACAAGCUGAUGGAGCGAAUGCUGAGUCCCACUCCUGAAGACAGACCAGACGCCACAGAGCUGAUCCUGGAUCUGGAUCAACAUUACACACUCCUGAAGACAGAUCAAGACCUCAGGACCAAACGGAGCAGGAAUCGAAACCGAAAGCUGGACAAGCCUACUUUAACACGAGAAUCUGGGCGUUUAAGGACUCUAGACCGACCAGAGGAGGUGGAAUACAACAUUCUGACAGACAAAAUGGCAAAAAUGUCCGCAGAAAAUGAAAUAGAGAGGAAGAUCUGUGAUUACCUGAGGAGACACGGCAGGAGCACCGUACAGGACAUUUUUAAAGAAUUAAAAUUAGAGAAAUCCACCGUGAACAGGCAUUUAUACAGCCUACAGACGUCAAAUCAGGUUUUUAAAACAGUGGAAAACAAUAAGCGGCCAGUCUGGGAUCUGGUGGAGAGGAUGAAUGACGUACAAAAAGCCAAACCAGAGCAAAUAAAGCCUGAGAUGACAAGAGACGCGUUUGAAGAAAAACAUGUGAUGGAUCUGCUGAAAUCAGGAGGUUUAAAAGCCUCUCAUAUCGCCAGCAAACUGGGACAACAAACACAAUCAACAAAUAAACUAUUGUACAGCUUGAUGGAGAAAGGUGAGGUACGCAAAUGCAGUAAAAGCCACAUGUGGACUCUGAAAAAUGACCAGGAGAGGAAUGGAAGUGACAGUGGUCACAAACUGACUUCGUUUUCAGGGAUGUCUCAAACUUUUGAUGUGAUCGAAGAGCUUGGUGAUGGAGGCUAUGGUUUUGUUUGCAAAGUAAAACAUAAGAUUGAUGACAAGAUCUAUGCUGUGAAGAGAGUCGAGUUUAACUGUGAAGCUGAACCUGAGGUGAAGGCAUUGGCUCGACUAGAUCACCCAAACAUAGUGCGGUACUUCACGUGCUGGCCUGAUUCUGACAACUGGAUGUCAAACCUAGAAACAAACGAAAAGUCAAACACAACAGGUUCUUCAACUGACACUGAUGAUACUGAUGAGAGAAGUGCUAGUGAUGAGGAUGAUGAUGAUGAUGUCAGUGAUGAUGUCACAUUAGGAAUGGAAAGUCUUAUCUCAACCAAAUCAACAUCCUCUGCUAAAGCCGGUGGACAGUGUGAUCCUUCAAAUCAGACAUAUUUAUUUAUUCAGAUGGAGUUUUGUGAGGGAGGAACACUGACGUCAUGGAUAGAGGAGAGAAAUUACGGUGGAAAGCAAAGAAUCGCUCUGGAAAUCCAUCAGAUAUUUUAUGAGAUCAGCAGUGGGGUGGAAUACAUCCAUUCAAACAAUCUCAUCCACAGAGACUUGAAGCCUGAUAACAUAUUGUUCAAUGACGGCAUAGUGAAGAUUGGAGAUUUUGGGUUGGUGGCAGCUCAGAAGAAUCCCAGCGGAGAUCCUAUAGAGCGGUCAAAGAGGAAAGGCACACUCACAUAUAUGAGUCCUGAACAGGAAAAUCUGAGGAAAUAUGAUGAAAAAACAGACAUUUUUCCCCUUGGACUGAUGUGGUUUGAAAUGCUGUGGAACAUGUCUUCUGGGAUGGAGAGAGCAAAGAUCUGGACAAAUUUGAGAAAUCAAAAGUUUCCUGAGCAGUUUUGUGAGAGAUAUCCAGCUGAAAAUAAAUUCAUAGAGAAGAUGCUGUCCGUGACACCAGAGGACAGGCCACACGCUAAAGACAUCAGACUAAAUCUGGAGACAUUUUUCUCUUUGCAUCAGAACAGCUUGAGUCAGAAAACCAUCUGACUUUUUUGAUGUCUGUUUGGUAGGAUGUUAAUGGUUUUCUGCAGAGCACUUUUAAGGGUUUUAUUGAUUCAUUCCAGGUUUAAUAAACUGUUUUAAUGCUGGGAUUUCCAAACUGGGUCUGCAGAAUAAUAUCAGAUGGUCCAUGGAAAAGUUGGCAGAAAAUAAAAAUAUUUAAUGCAUAAAAUAGUAAAUAAGAUUAUAAAAAAUAAAAAUUGACAUUUAAAUGAAUUAUCUUUAAUCAAACUUAUUUAAGUGUUCUUUAUGACAAAACAACGACAUACAAGUACAAAUGGGAUUAAACACCAACACUGAAUUAAAUACAUUUCAUUUACAUUUUAGGUUGGAGGUCUUUUAUAUGUUUGUGGCAUAUAAAAGACCCCCAAUGUAAUGAUGAUAUUAGAAUUUGGUCAUAAUAAGUAAAAUA